AGCUCAGUUGGUUAGAGCACCCGUUUAGUAAGCGGGAGGUCUUGAGUUCGACUCUCAACGAGAGCAAUCUGCUUCACUUUUUCUACUUCGUCUUCUUCUGUGUUUUUUUUUUUUUAAGUAUUUAUCCGGCUUCUUCUUGUUCGUCUUCCAUCCGCAACCUCCUGCUUAUCUGUACUGAUUAUGGCGACGGCUUCGCCUCCACCAGUAAGCACAUUGUAUCCACCGAAAGAGGGCGCGACCUCUGCUUCUGCAUUCUCAGCUCAUCACCCACUCUCGCUUUUGCCCAACUGCAACUCCUUGAAGGAGCUCAAGCAAAUCCAAGCCUUCACCUUGAAGACCCAGCUCCAACGCGACAUCUCUGUGAUCAACAAGCUCGUCAAUUUCUGCACUCGAUACCCAAACGAUGCUUCCAUGGCUCAUGCCCAGAAGCUGUUCGAUGAAAUUCCCCACCCGGACAUCGUCCUCUUCAACACCAUGUCCCGCGGGUACUCGCGCGUGGAUGACCCGCUUCGGGCAAUGGCGCUGUUCGUGCGGGUUCUGAAUCUCGGUCUCUUUCCUGAUGAUUACAGUUUCCCAUCGCUCCUGAGGGCGUGUGCCGGCGCUAAAGCAUUGGCGGAAGGCAAACAGUUGCACUGUUUCGCUGUCAAACUCGGGUUGACCCAGAAUGUCUAUGUGUCGCCCACUCUUAUAAAUAUGUACACCGAGUGCGGCGACGUGGAUGCAGCUCGAAGGGUCUUCGAUAAGAUAUCCGACCCCUGUGUUGUUAUUUAUAAUUCAAUUAUAAAUGGUUAUGCUCGGAGUAGCAGGCCUAACGAGGCAUUAUCAUUGUUUCGAGAAAUGCAAGCAAGUAAUCGGAGGCCUGAUGAUGUGACCAUCCUGAGUGUUCUUACCUCUUGUGCGUUGUUGGGAUCAUUAGAGCUCGGGAAAUGGAUACACGAGUACGUGCAGAGGCACGGUUUGGAUGGUGUGAAGGUGAACACCUCACUGAUAGAUAUGUUUGCAAAGUGCGGGAGUUUAGAGGAUGCAAUUUCCAUGUUCGAGAAUAUGAAGAUCAAAGAUACGCAGGCUUGGUCAGCAAUCAUUGUGGCCUAUGCAACACAUGGACAUGGUUCCAGGGCUAUAUCAAUGUUUGAAGAGAUGGUUCAGACCCGAGUAUCGCCUGAUGAUGUUACUUUUCUGGGGCUCUUGCAUGCUUGUAGUCACACUGGAUUGGUUGAGGAAGGGUACAGGUUCUUCCGUGAUAUGAAGAAUGAGUAUGGGAUUGAUCCCGGGAUCAAACAUUUUGGAUGCAUGGUGGAUUUGCUGGGACGAGCAGGACGACUGGAUGAGGCUUACGACUUCAUACACGAGUUGCCGAUUAAGCCCACGCCAAUACUAUGGCGAACAUUGUUGUCUGCGUGUAGCAGCCACGACAACAUUGAUAUGGCGAAGCGGGUCAUUCAGAGGAUUUUCGAACUGGAUGAUACCCAUGGCGGGGACUACGUAAUGCUAUCCAACAUGAGUGCUCGAGCUGGCAUAUGGGAGGAUGUGGAUUUUUUGAGGAAACUGAUGAAUGAACGCGGGGCGGUUAAAGUUCCUGGUUGUAGCUCCAUAGAGGUGGACAAUGUAGUGCAUGAAUUCUUCUCAGGGGAUGGAGUUCAUUCUGUUUCAACGUCGCUGCACCAUACACUUGACCAGCUGAUCGAAGAGCUGAAGCUGGCGGGGUAUGUCCCCGAUACUUCUCUAGUCUGUCAUGCGAACAUGGAGGAGAAGGACAAAGAGAUCACACUUAGAUAUCACAGCGAGAAGCUGGCCAUCGCUUUUGGCCUUUUAAACACUCCCCCAGGGACGACGAUUCGCGUGGUGAAGAAUCUGCGAGUAUGCAGGGACUGCCACUCUGCUGCCAAACUUAUAUCUUUUAUCUUUGGCAGGCAGAUUGUCCUUAGAGAUAUUCAACGGUUUCAUCAUUUCGAGGACGGUGAGUGCUCUUGCGGUGAUUACUGGUAGUUUUACUCUAAUGGAGGUUUGAUUUAAGUCAUUCAAGUGGGUGCGCUGUGACGUACCACUUAACCAAGCAAAUUUCCAAGCAGGCAAGAGCAUACUGGUGUACAUGCCUUGCCUCAAGGCACCCAGAGGGCCACCCUGUGCUUGCUUGUGACCAUGUUUGAGAACCAGUGUACAGAGAACCAAAUCAAGUUUGCUCCUUUCACAUGACAAACUGGAGCAUUUCUCUCUCCUGCAAGAACUCUCCUCUCUUUGAGGGAGAUGAGUGAUUGCAAUUGUCGUUUAAAGGCAGGUCUGGUGUGUAUAAAUGACUGGUUAGAGUUGAAAGGACCAGCCAAUUCAAUGGCCAAGCUUGCAAAGUGGAAACAGCUACGGGCAGGUGUGAAAUGGUCUUGCCUCCUAAAGACAAUGCUUGGAUACAGGAAACAGAUCAGCAUUAUGGUGGUUGAAAGUUUCGUGCAUCUCUUAUUGGAAGCAUCAAUAGUUUUUCUGCCAUUUGUCUGCGCCUAAUUUGACUUUGGUGGAGAGUUAAAAAGAACAGCCAAAGGAGUGGCCUAGCGUGCAACGUGGAAACAACCACGAGCAGUGAAUGGAUUCCGCCUACUAAAGACAAUGCUUGGACUACACAGAACAGAUGACAGCGAACCGAGUCCAGAUGAAUCUCUAGUCUGAAAGCUCCAAAGUAGCCAUUACGAACAUGAUGGAUAGGCUUUGUUUUUCGGUUGAAUAAGGGGCUUCAUAUUUAACCAGAUUAUUGUGAAGGCUGAUCACAAUCAAGAAUUUUGCUGUCCAUUGAACUUCUAUGACUUUUGCCUUUUUUUUUUUAAUAACAAAAAUGAGAUAAACCCAUAAAUGCAGUGUCGAUUCUGUGAACAGAGGCCAGAUUUUUAAACUUUGUUGCAUCAUGCCAAUGAUGAACCGUAAUGAUUGCUUCCUCAUUCAUGAGAUUGAAAUUGAUGAAUGAAAGGGUAAGAGCCGACAU